UCUUUCUUUCACACGGUUACAAUUAUUCAUUGUGUUUCAAUCAAAUGCACACCCCUCACACAAAUGUGACCCUGCCCCUGAUAUGAAGGCUAAAGUCUCAUAAUUAUGAAAUUAGGAGCAUCACAGUUUGAUUUCAUUCAUUAAUUUCACUUUGAUUUCAAUCUUUGACUUAAUCUUACUGAGUCAAUAUUAAAGAUAUCAAUGUUGUAUUUUAUUAUAUAUGUAAUGUUGUUUUAAAAUUAAGGCAGGAUAACACACACAUCUGAUAAGCAUAUCUUGGACUGCACACGACUGAACCAGCCCACAAACUGGACAUCCAAUAGCCUGCUAAGAGGCGUGGUUGCGAUGGGCAUUUAAAAGUUUCUCAGAGAAUCUAUCUGUUCACAGGACUUCUAAGCUUGUGUUAAAGACACUUGUCAGAAACUACACAGUCGCAAACAUGGUUCAGUGGACAGACUUUGAGCGCACCACUCUUCAGGACAUCUUCUCUAAAGUAGACCUCGAUGCCCUUGGUCAUCAGGCCUUGGCAAGAUGCCUUGUCGUUUAUCCCUGGACCCAGCGUUACUUCGGUAAGUUUGGAAACCUGUACAACGCCGCUGCCAUCCUGGGAAACCCAAUGGUUGCUGCUCACGGUAAAGUUGUCGUUGGUGGAUUGGUGAAAGCUUUGAAGAACUUGGACGACAUCAAAGAGACAUAUGCCGAAUUAAGUGUGCUGCACUCUGAGAAACUCCACGUAGAUCCUGACAACUUCAGGCUUUUGGCUGACUGCAUUACCAUUGUUGUCGCUGCACAACUGGGAGCUGCAUUCACCCCUGAAGUCCAGGCUGCUUUACAGAAGUUCCUCGCUGUUGUGAACGCCUCUCUUAGGAGACAAUACCACUAGAGACCAACAAUGCUUUGACUGAUAAACAGAGAAUCUGACAUCUGAUGUUUCAACAAAACAUUUUGUUCAUCUGUGUUAAAACAAAUAAAUGUUUCAAUAUUUAAUA